GAACAAUUCCGGAAUGGCUAAAUGGAAGUUUCUUACGGAAUGGGCCAGGACUGUUUGAAAUCGGGGAAGAUUCAUUCAACCAUUUAUUCGAUGGAAUGGCUUUGCUACAUAAGUUUACUGUCAAAGACGGCAAAGUGACAUAUCAAAACAGAUUCCUUACUAGCGACACUUACCGAAAGAACAAGGCGGCCAACCGUAUCGUUGUGUCCGAAUUCGGUACAUUGUCGAAUCCGGAUCCAGCUGCGAAUUUUGUGGAGAAGAUGUUGUCGUAUGUAUGGCCACCGGUGCCGGAGGAUAACUGCAAUAUAAGUUGGUUCAAGAUUAGCGAAAAGUUCUGUGUGUGCACGGAGACGCCAUUUGUGUGGCAGGUGGACCCCCAUACUUUGGUGGCAACAAAAAAGCACGACUUGGCCAAGAAGAUAUCAAUACACACCAUGUCUUCACAUCCGCAUACAUUGAAGGAUGGCACACUGUUGAACGUCGGCAAUCAUUACGGUCCUGCGCCUACGUAUAACGUUAUUAAAAUUAGUCCAUCAGAAGGCGGAAACGAUCCAUUCGAAAACACUCAAAUAAUUUGUUCCAUUCCGGCACGUUAUCGACUGCAUCCGGGGUAUUACCACAGUUUGUCCAUCACAGAGAACUACGUUGUGUUCUUGGAGCAGCCGCUGAUGACGAACGUCGCAAAGCUGAUGACGGGCAGAUUCACGUCCACACCUCUGAGCGGAGCACUGGAGUAUGACGAUAACAUCAGCUCUAUAUUCUAUUUAAUCAGACACGAUACCGGCGAAUUGGUGGCGUCAAAAUACGUCGCCGAACCGUUCUUCUCGUUCCAUCACGUCAACGCGUUUGAGGAUGGCGAUCACGUAGUCGUUGACCUCUGCUGUCACAGAGACAUGGAUAUAGUAAAUAAGAUGUCACGUAACAGCAUAGAAGCUAAUAAUACUGAUCCUGCUAAUAUCGAAUUAAGAAGAUAUGUGUUUCCGCUCAAUGUCAAUACGAAAUCAUCAACGGGUACAAAUUUAAUCACCUUAGACUACACGUCUUGUUGCGCGACGAAGAGAGACGAUGGAAACGACGUGUACGUCACGUACGAGAAGAUGAUUGAGAAAGGUAUGGAACUUCCGAUUACUAAUUACGAAAGGUACAAUGGACGGAAAUAUAGAUACGUCUAUGGAGUAAGCGACUCCGCCACUGAACUCAUGAAAGUUGAUCUACAAAAUAAGACGUAUAAAUUAGUAAACCAUGAUGCGUACUUCCCGGCAGAGCCGGUGUUUGUGGAAGCACCUAAUGCCACGUCUGAGGACGACGGUGUGGUGAUGGCGUGUAUGGUCAGUGCAAAGGAAGACACGUGGUCUUAUUUAUUGGUGUUGGAUGGCAAGACGUUCACGGAGAUAGCGAGGGCGGAAAUACCCGUCGCUCUCACGUCCGGUUUGCAUGGAAUGUUCUUCAAAGGCAUUGUAUAG